ACCAGGUUCCCGGGCUAGCCAAGACUCCUCGGCGCGAUUCCGAUUCCGCGCGCCUGAAGCCAAGGGCUACAGCCAGCUUCAGAUCUGGGGCCCAGGCCCUGGGGAAGGCUGGCCGUCCUGUCCCCACCUGCAGGAUGAAUCACGUGCUUGGGGGCUGAGCAGCUCCAUAAAACCAGCCCAGGGGCGGGAGCCAGGAGCCCAAAGAGCUACGUGCUCUCCAAGGCACCUGAGCUGCGCGCACACGGUUCAGCUGCGCGCCCAGCCGUUUCUGAGCGCUGCCCUGUGCUGCGCUGCUGCCCGAGGCCAGGAACCAGCCAGAGAACGCUGCCAGCUCACUCCUGUCAGCGGGACAGGACCCCGAAGAUGCCGGUGGGCAGUUUGUGCCCGGCCACCAUCCUGCUGCUGGUGAUCACUCAGCUGCCGCCUUGCAGCCCAGCCCCGCUGAACGGAUCCAAGUGGACCUAUGUUGGUGCUGAUGGGGAGAAAAGCUGGUUCAGGAAAUAUCCGUCCUGCGGGGGCCACCUGCAGUCUCCGAUAGACCUGCACAGUGACACCCUGCAGUACGAUGCCAGCCUGGUGCCCCUCGAGUUCCAGGGCUACAAUGUGUCUGCCGACAAGCCGUUUAACUUGACCAAUGAUGGUCACUCAGUGAAGUUGAACCUGCCCCCAGACAUGCACCUCCAGGGCCUGCAGUCCCGCUACACAGCCACUCAGCUGCACCUGCACUGGGGGAACCGUGAUGACCCCUACGGCUCUGAACAUGUUGUGGAUGGAAAGCAGUUUGCUGCUGAGCUACAUAUCGUCCACUAUAACUCCGACCUGUACCCUGACAUCCGAACUGCCAGCAACAAGUCAGAAGGCCUCGCUGUCCUGGCUGUUCUCAUUGAGAAAGGGUCCUUCAAUCCCUACUACGACAGAAUCUUCAGCUUCCUGCCAUACAUCAAGUACAAAGGACAAAAUGUGCGCAUCCCAACCUUCAAUAUUGAAGAACUGCUUCCCGAAAAGCCCGCCGAAUACUACCGCUACCGAGGGUCUCUCACCACCCCGCCUUGCUACCCCUCUGUGCUCUGGACGGUUUUCCGAAACCCUGUGCAUGUUUCCCAGGAGCAGCUCCUGGCUUUGCAGACAGCUCUGUACUACACACGCGCAGACGACCCUUCCCCUAGAGAAAUGAUCAACAACUUCCGGCCCGUCAAGGAUGUCGAUGUGAGGCUGGUACGCACCUCCUUCCAAGAAGUGCAACUCCUUCCCGGCACAGCACUGAGUGUGGGCAUCAUCCUUUCCGUGGCCCUGGCCGGCGUUAUUGGCAUCUGCAUUGUCCUAGCAGUGUCCAUUUGGUUUUGCAGAAGGAAAAAGAGCGCAAAAGGUGACAACAAGGGGGUCAUCUACAAACCAGCUGCCAAGAUGGAGACGGAGGCCCAAGCCUGAAAUUCAAGGCCCUCUCAGGUGUCUAAGGAAGGACCUUGCACACACAGCUGGCUCUCAGGACACUUGAAAUACCUCCAGGUGUUCUCUGAAGCUCCACCUGCAAACACCCAGAUGCCUGGGGGACCUCGGGCUCCCUUAAGGCUCUGGCGCCACCACUAGAGUAGUGGAACUCAUGGGUGGGAUGAACUCCAAGAACCAGGAGGCAGGAACUCUGGGUUGCCUGCUGUGCCUGUGUGAGACGGGUCAGGGGUCUGGAUUCUGGGUCACAAACCCAAGCUGCCCGCUGGCGGGCUGUUUACUCACUGGAAAACACUUCUACCCAUGGCUUCAGGUGAGUGUGUUCACAAGUGCCUUGGAAAUUAUGUUUAUUCUCCAAGUUUUCAGACUACAGUAUGUACUUUCUGCUUGUAUGUUGCUUCGGAAACCCAGUUUCUCUCCUCAGUGGGGGAGAGCUGCUGCCGUUUGAUUUACUUCUGUGACAAAGCCUUCAGUCUGACCUCACAACUGUAGGGGAAUAGUUGUGUUAACUGGAAAAAUCUUGACAAGGAAAAGAAAACAAGAGAUUGUAAUACAUUAAGGGUAUUUUUCACAGUCCUGCUCUCUGGGUUGUAAAUAAUGAAUGCAUAUUAGAGAAAAAGGUUUUGUUGUUGUUUUGGUUUGGUUUGGUUUCUUGGUGGGAGAUAAGAGAGGCAGAGAGACAAGGAGGUAGAGGGGGAAUGGAGAAGGCAAGGAUGGUGUGGGAGACUGUCACACUGGAGUCUGAACUUGGAUGCACAGUUGUUCAUCAAGUUACAAUACAUGGGUAGAAUACUGAAUCUAAACCUAACCUCCUGUUAGGUUUUGUACUGUAAUGAUUUUUGUUAUAAAUAAUUAGACCAUUCCUACAGCAGAUCUGGAGUUCUGAGGUGGCCCACUGUGCUUUUGAAAAAUAGAAGCAAAAUGAUUACAGAGUUCCAUCUCUUACCCAAAUCUCACUUGAGUCUCUUUCUACCAGUGUGGCCUAAUCUAUUUCCCACUUAGAGGAUAUCAACUUGUAGUAAACUAUGUUUUCAAGCUAUAAAGGUAGAAAGUUGUCUACACAGGGGCCGGCACUGCUGUUGGUGUUUAGGAGCCAAGGAUAAUGGAGUAUUACUAAGAUUCUCACAUUCCUCCCUGAGUCAGUUUCCAAGAAGAUGUAACUCCUUCCUGGUUGUCCUGCCACAGAUGUGGUGUCCCAGGGGAGGACAGUUAGUUCCACAGCAGGGGAGGACAGUCACCAAGCCCUUACUGCUACCUCCUUGCUGUUUCCAGAGAACGCUGGUUCAUGCCUCCUUUCGAUAGCUUGGAAUGUCCUCUUGAAGCACAGUUGCUUUGCACAGCUUCCUCUGACUUUUAAAAACUCUACUCCCUCACCACUGCCAUACACCUUUUCGUAACCAUGACCAUCCCUGUGACCUCCGAGGCAGUCUUGGAGCCUGGGGUGGUGCCUGGGCCUUGCCAUUAGCAUGCCUGAUGUGUCAUCCGAUCAGAGCAGGGACAUGCAGCAGGACCAAACCAUAUAAACAGGGUGAGUUCUGCCUCAGCCCGCAUGACCAAUCCAUUUCAGAGAUCUCUCUGCAGGUGUGGCUGCUGAAACAACAGAGAAAUUAUCUCUGUACCUGGCAUGGGGCUGUUCAGAGAGAGA